AUGUUGUCUCUAUCCUCUUCCAUUCCUGUAGUAGGGACUCACGAGCACCCUAGUGAGGGGAUAUUUAAGUCCCAGCUUCCUUCGAAGCGUCACGGCUCAUCUCUGCCUCCGCCAGCGGGCGAGGAAGAUGGAAAAUCCGAUGAAACUGUAUACUCGCCGAUCCUUCAUUGUAUGUUAGCCGGAGGUAUUGGAGGGGCCAUAGGAGACUCUGCAAUGCACUCAUUGGACACCGUUAAGACCAGGCAGCAGGGUGCGCCAACUGUUCAGAAAUACAAAAACAUGAUUGGUGCUUAUAGAACUAUCUUUGUUGAGGAAGGGUUGCCCAAGGGUUUAUAUGGAGGAUACUCUGGUGCAAUGCUCGGAUCUUUCCCCAGCGCAGCUAUCUUCUUCGCGACGUAUGAGUUUACCAAGAGGAAAAUGAUCGGGGAAUGGGAGAUUAACGAGACGUUUUCGCACUUGACUGCUGGGUUCCUUGGUGAUUUCGUUAGCAGUUUCGUUUACGUUCCGAGCGAAGUGUUAAAGACUCGUUUGCAGUUACAAGGCCGCUUCAACAACCCGCACUUCCACAGUGGCUACAAUUAUAAGAACCUCUCAGAUGCAAUUAAAACUAUCAUAAGGCAAGAAGGUUGGGCUACUCUUUUUUUUGGAUACAAGGCAACUUUGAGCCGUGAUCUACCGUUUUCGGGCCUUCAAUUUGCAUUCUACGAGAAGUUCAGACAAAUUGCAUAUUCUGUUGAGCAAAAAACACUCGACCAGGAUCUUUCGCUCACUAAUGAAAUUUUUACCGGUGCCGCAGCGGGCGGUUUGGCUGGUAUAAUAACCACCCCUCUGGAUGUUGUGAAAACUAGAAUUCAAACCCAAUUACCAGAUAUCCCAGAGAACGCUUCACAAAAGCAACUGAAAAGACAAAAGACGCUAACAAACUCCAUAUCUAGAGGGCUUGUCACUGUCUUCAAAACUGAAGGUGUCGCAGGUCUUUUCAGCGGAGUCGGUCCGCGGUUCAUAUGGACAAGUGUACAGAGCAGUAUCAUGCUUCUACUGUAUCAGAUUGCAUUGAAAACACUAGACAGUAAAAUGUCCACCGAUGACUGUCUGGAGUAA